GAAGGGAAGGAAACAAAGAGGGUGGUCAUUCAAUGAGAGCCACCACUGCCUUGAGUUCGAUGUGAUCCUUUUUGCUUGUUCAUCUUAAUCUUUUUGAAUCGAUUGUGUGAGAAGAAAAAGAUCAUUUCUUUGACUUGUCGAUCACUGCGCGGGUUUGACAGGGUCAAAAUGACUCCUUGGCCUAUAAAGAGGCCAGCAGACGGUGUUGGCUCUACUCAUUCCAUUCCAACAUCCAAAGCUCCCGGAGGACUUCCCCACUCAUCAUCUUCCUCCUCUUCUUCUUCUUCUUCUUCGUAGAGAGUUUCUGGUAUGGAUCUUCUGACAGAGGAGCAGAUCAGUGAGUUCCAAGAAGCUUUCUGCCUCUUCGACAAAGAUGGAGACGGGUGCAUCACGCUGGAAGAGCUUGGCACGGUCAUCAAAUCAUUGGGUCAGAACCCGAGCGAAGAGGAGUUGCAUGAAAUGAUCCGGGAAGUAGACUCGGACGGCAAUGGAACCAUAGAGUUCGGGGAGUUCUUGAAUCUGAUGUCCAGAAAAGUGAAGGAGACUAAUGUGGAGGAAGAACUGAAGGAAGCAUUCAAGGUCUUCGACAAAGAUCAAAAUGGCUAUAUUUCAGCUAGCGAGCUGAGGAAUGUGAUGAUGAAUCUGGGAGAGAAGUUAACAGACGAGGAGGUGGAUCAGAUGAUCAGAGAGGCCGACCUGGACGGAGAUGGGCAAGUCAAUUACGAGGAAUUCGUGCGAAUGAUGAUGGCUGUCUGAUGCACAUCCGAAUUCACUCCUUGUGUCUCAAGGAACCACAGUCUAUUAACGUUGUUUUGUCGUAGUAGCAAGUCCAGUCCUAUUUAUCGAUUCUUUUCUUCCCAAUUAUGCACCGGACAAGUGAUAUUUUCUUGUGAUCUGAUCGAGAAUCCUUUGCGCGAAGGAGAUGUGUGCCAGAGGAGGUGCUCUCAGAAUCACAAACACAAUUUGCUGAGUUUUAUAUUUGUGAUCAAAGCAGAUGACCACUGCAAGUUUAAUUUGAUGACUACUUCUUCCAACAAAUAGAUGAACUGUGUGUGUGGAGUGAUCAAAAUUGCAUCUCUGUUCUGAUCAACUUUAUCAGAAGCUUUGCUGAUGGCAAUCGACUCUGGCAUCAUUCGAAACGAUGGUGACCGAUCGACAGCGGCCAAGCUCGGAUCAGAACCCGAGACUUGGUGUGCAAGUUGUAGGAAUCUCCACAUCUGCUUGUUUACACCUUUUCUGAGUCGAGUCUCAUGCUGCUUUUAACUUGAAUGGAAAAGUUCCCUUCUUCUUCUU